AUGUCGACGACGGGGGUGAAUCGCCCAAAGACGGUUCCCGCCACCCGCGCCGGCCGCGCCGCGGGGUUCACCUCUCUUUUCAUGAAAAUCGCGUGGGAUAAAGCGAUCGGCGGGGGCGGGGAAGGGGCGGGCUCCGAGAAUGGCCUCCUCUCCCUCCGCAGCCAUCAGAGCAUCGUGGAGACGCUCUGUCGGAUGCGCGGCGCGGUGUUGAAGCUCGGCCAGAUGCUGAGCAUCCAAGACGAGCAGAUGGUGCCCGCCCACAUCACGGCGAUUUUCGAGCGGGUGCGGGAUCAGGCGCUCUCGAUGCCGCCUAAACAACUCAUGCGGGUUCUCGCCGAGGAGUUCAACGACAAAAACUGGCGGGAGACGCGCUUUGUGGAGUUCGACGAGACGCCGAUCGCGGCGGCGAGCAUCGGGCAGGUGCAUCACGCGCGGAUAAAAUCCUCAGCCCUUUCCGAGGAGGAGCGCGCUCGCCGUGGCGGUGGGGAGGAUUCCGUAGAGGUGGCGGUGAAGGUGCAGUACCCCGGCGUCGCCCAAAGCAUCGAUUCCGACGUGGCGAACCUGAAGAUGUUGAUGAAACUUAACAUUUUCCCCUCGGGUCUGUUCAUCGACAACGUCCUGAAGGAGAUGCGGAAUGAGCUGCGUUCGGAGUGCCAAUACGCGAUGGAAGGGGCGAAGCAGAAUCGGUAUCACGACUUAAUCAAAGCCGAUUCUUCCCUCAACACCUUUUUUUCCGUUCCUUAUGUCUUCCAGUCGUGCAGUACGGACCGCGUGUUGAUUUCCGAGUUCGUGCCCGGCAUCUCCAUUGAUCGACUCGCGAAGCGCGACGACAUUCCACAGGAAUUUUGCAACCAUUUGACGGAGCAGAUGCUGCUUUUGACCUUGAAGGAGCUCUUCUGCUGGUCUUUUAUGCAAACCGACCCAAACUACGCAAACUUUUUGUACGACGCGAACGCGAAUCGCGUGCAUCUAUUGGAUUUUGGCGCGGCGCGGAAUUACCCCCUUGAGUUUACGGAUAAUUAUUUGGAGCUGGUUGCCGCCGCUGCACGGCAAGAGCGUGAGGUCAUUGUAAAGAAGAGUAUUGAGCUUGGCUUUUUAUCUGGCCGUGAGGUGCUGGAGAUGAUUGAUGCGCAUGUGAGCAGUGUGGUGCUGCUGGGCAAGCCCUUUCGUGAUCCGAUGCACCCUUUCGACUUUGGCUCCGAGAACCUCCCCAGCCAAAUUGCGAAGUUCAUACCCAUCAUGUUGAAACUCCGCCUGCGUCCUCCACCUAUACAUUCCUACUCAUUGCAUCGCCGAUUGAGUGGUAUUAUUUUGUUAGCUUCGAAGCUCAAAGCCAUCGUACCGUGUGGUGAAAUUUUCUGGAAGAUCUAUGAGGACGCAAAGGAAGCGAUGUUGAAGAAGAGACAGGCGCAAGCGGCUUCGUCAUCGGAAUAG